UGUAUCUUUUAGCAAUUUAUAGGAGCUGACUUCUUUUAGAAAGAGGAAGCCAUCUUGCUUUUGAAAACUUGGCUCCAGGUGAACCCCACCAAGGUGACAUAGAAUUAACUUCAUUUGUGUCUGCUUACCCAAAGCACUUGGAAAAGCAUAAAUGCUAAACUACCAAGGUGUUAGAAUUUGCCCCCCAACCCCAAUCUGACAUAUCCUAGCCAUCUGGAAUCUGUAGAGGGAAAGCCUGGAAUGCCCUGUUGGUGGUCACAUUCAACACAGAAUUUCAAGGUGGUCUGGCUCUUUUAGCUCCUUUGAAAAGCUGGAACAAGUACUCAAAUGAUUGCUAAUGGGAGGAGCCACAGUGACUGUUUCCAGUCAUUCCUGCCUGUAUCCCAAAUAUCUGGUUCUUCCAGAAACUUUGAAAUUUGGGAAUCUUUAAGGGCAUCUAGAGAAUGGUAUACAGAGCUCUGCAAGAUUCUUUUAUUUGUAACCUCCUGCCUUCUUUCUUGUUCUAAACUCUUUUCACUGUGUUACUAAAGAUUGGCAUCAAAGUGCCUGAUACCCUUUACAUUAAGGAAAAGUUAAACUGGAAAGUCCAGAGUUUGGAUUAGAAAACCUGUUGAGUCAAAGGGGGAACUUUGCAGAGGAAUGGAAUGGAAAUCAUUUCCUUAGACAGUAGACAAGUAUUCAGGAAACACCUCUGCACCCCAAAGAUAGGUACAGCUGCCACACACUGACUAUUAGGAGGAGGUUCAAAGUUAUAAGCAAACAGCUGAUUCUCUUGGUUCUUGGGCUGUUGCUGUUGGUGACAGGAAAUCUUGUUCCCCAAGCUGCUGGCUUCCUGUUUUAUUUUUACUUGUAGCAGAUCAGAAUGUCCAUAACAAGGAGCAGUCUGUUCCAAAGGGUUCUACUCCCCCUUUGAGGCUGAAGGGUUUUUUUUCCUUUUGGUCAGACAAUAUGUUGGUUUGCUUUUAAGAUCUAUGAUGUUUAGUUUGAUUUAAGCAUUUUAUAUUCACAAUCAACUUUUGGUGAUGAGCUGGUGUUUUAAGCUUUGAUGUUGUUUUUCAUCAUUCAGAACAUUGCCUGAAGCAGGUCCACCAUGCCGUUAGUAACGAGGAACAUCGAGCCAAGGCACCUGUGCCGUCAGACGUUGCCUAGUGUUAGAAGCGAGCUGGAAUGCGUGACCAACAUCUCCCUGGCAAAUGUCAUCCGACAGCUGGGCAGCCUGAGUAAAUAUGCAGAGGACAUUUUUGGAGAGAUCUUUACUCAGGCAAAUACCUUUGCCUCUCGGGUAAGCUCCCUUGCUAAGAGGGUUGACCGACUACAAGUUAAAGUCACUCAGUUGGAUCCCAAGGAAGAAGAAGUGUCACUACAAGGAAUCAACACCCGGAAGGCCUUCAGAAGCUCUACCAUUCAAGACCAGAAGCUUUUUGACAGAAACUCUCUCCCAGUGCCUGUCUUAGAAACAUACAAUACCUGUGAUACUCCUCCCCCUCUCAACAAUCUUACCCCUUACAGGGACGAUGGAAAAGAGGCACUCAAAUUCUACACAGACCCUUCAUACUUCUUUGAUCUUUGGAAGGAGAAGAUGCUGCAGGACACCAAGGAUAUCAUGAAAGAGAAGAGAAAGCAUAGGAAAGAAAAGAAAGAUAAUCCAAAUCGAGGGAAUGUAAACCCACGGAAAAUCAAGACCCGUAAGGAAGAGUGGGAGAAAAUGAAGAUGGGACAAGAAUUUGUGGAGUCCAAAGAAAAGCUGGGGCCUUCUGGGUAUCCGCCCACCUUGGUGUACCAGAACGGCAGCAUCGGCUCUGUGGAAAACGUGGAUGCAGGCAGCUACCCACCACCACCGCAGUCAGACUCCGCUUCCUCACCUUCUCCUGUCUUCUCUGAGGACAACUUGCCUCCCCCACCAGCAGAAUUCAGCUACCCGGCAGACAACCAAAGAGGAUCUGGCUUGGCUGGACCCAAGAGAUCCAGUGUGGUCAGCCCAAGUCACCCCCCACCAGCACCUCCUCUGGGCUCUCCGCCAGGCCCCAAACCUGGAUUCGCUCCACCACCUGCCCCACCACCUCCGCCUCCAAUGAUAGGUGUUCCGCCUCCACCACCACCUAUAGGAUUUGGGUCUCCAGGGACCCCUCCACCACCUUCACCCCCAUCUUUUCCACCUCAUCCUGAUUUUGCUGCCCCUCCCCCUCCUCCCCCCCCACCAGCAGCUGACUACCCAACUCUGCCACCACCUCCCUUGUCCCAACCAGCAGGAGGAGCCCCUCCCCCUCCCCCUCCUCCCCCUCCCCCAGGGCCCCCUCCUCCCCCAUUCAGUGGUAUGGAUGGCCAGCCCGGCAUACCACCACCACUUUCUGAUGCCACCAAGCCUAAGUCCUCCUUGCCUGCUGUGAGCGAUGCCCGCAGUGACCUGCUUUCAGCCAUCCGUCAAGGCUUUCAGCUGCGCAGGGUUGAGGAACAGCAGGAGCAAGAGAAGCGGGAUGUCGUGGGCAAUGAUGUGGCCACCAUCUUGUCACGUCGCAUUGCUGUUGAGUACAGCGACUCAGAAGAUGACUCCUCUGAGUUUGAUGAGGACGACUGGUCGGAUUAACUCUUUCUGCUGCUGCCCACCUUCUUUUUCUUUCCUUUCUACCUGCCUUCUUUGAUGCCUACAGUCCCAUGGGGGAAAAAAGGGAGGGGAAAAAAGAAUUUUAAGAGGCCAAAGCCUUCCCUGAAGCAACCAAAGAUACAUCCAAGUGCUUCCUCCAAAUCAACAUGUAUUUCCUCUUCCCAUUGUCAGGCCCUGUGGGGCUCCAGAGCUUCAGUAGCCGGGAUGUUCCCUCUUCCCUUCAAGUGACUAUUGUGUAUUGAAAGGAAGGAAAAACCCCAAAGCAGAUCCCUUUGAUUGAGUUUCAGUUGGAGAUGGUGCCUUCCCCUAGGAGCCAUAUUCAGCUGUGGUAUCCUUCCAAAAUCCCUGCCCUCAGCCACUUCAAAUAAUGCCAGCCAUUUCCUGGUCCUAAAGCAGCAAGAGUGGCCUGCAUGGACACAGCAGAAGGCAGAGCAGGCCGGAGGGCCUAAUCAGCAGUGUGGGGCUGCCUUGUGCUAAGUGAUCUCUGUGCCUGGGAUGCCCUGUAUUCCAGGAGGCAAAAAGUCUCUAAAGGGUGUCUCACCCCCUCUGCGCAGAAAUGCUGCCUUUCUGAAGGCUGAGCUUGCUGCCUCCCUCUCAGGCUCUCUUAUGGUGAGUAUGGUGUUCAGGUGUCCCUGAAAUAGCCCUCCCUCACCCCUAGGUGCCUUCAGGCAGCACAGCCGUUUUAACCUCCAAUAUCUAUGACCAAAGUACCCCUGACACACAGGGCCCAGGGCCUCUGCUGGCUGUCAGGAGCAAAGCUUAGAGACUUGGAAUGCAGGACUGCGAGGAUGAUGGCACUCCUUGGGUCCUACCCUCUUAAGGAUGCCGAGACUUAGAGAUGGGAUGUGACUUGCUCGAGGUCAGACAGUUGGGUAGUGACAGAGCUAGAGCCCAGAGUUCCUGAUUCCAAGUCACCUGUGCUUUCUGGGACCAAAUAAUGGGCACCUGCUGGGGUCUGGGCAGAGCUUUUUUGGCUCUGUGCUUCUCCAGACUUCACCAUAGGUGGGGGCCCCAGUAGGAGGACUUGGGCCUGUGCCAGCCCUGUCAGUGCUGCUCAGACCCUCCUCCCCUCUCUCAGAAUUCUUUGUUGCCCCUUCCCUAUCACCAGCCAACCACAUGGCCUUGGGAGCUGCCCUUCUGGGAGACCAUAAGUAGUGAGAGAAGGAAGGGGGGUAGGCAGCUUUGACAGGUGCUGUUUUCAAUUCCUCUGCAGCUCCUCCCCCUUUUAUUUCCCCAAUUUAAGCAUAGGUUCUGCCAACUGUGGAAACUUCAGUCCCUCAGGCUGGCAGCCGUGCAGGUACCUGCCUGGGGGGGCCUGGCAGCCGUGAAGCAGGCUGAAAGGCAGAGGGACUCUGGGUCCUGUUUCCAGCUUCCCCCACACCCUGCACUGCACAUGCUGAUGUUCCUUCUGUCCCUCCCCCCUUUUUCCCAGAGCUAAUACACAGGUGCUAUUAUUCAGAAAAAAACUGGUCAGCUCUGGCCAACAGUGAGGUUUCUUCUCUUCUGCCCUAACUAUUGUGUAGCCUCUUAUGCUGAAAUCGGCUUCUCCUGGCUUCUCUGGCUUUCAGAGCCCUGAAACAAAGAGAAACAGGAUCUGUCUCUACCCAGCACAGCAAAUGGUUGUAGUAAUUGCCAAAGCCCUCGUAAACCCCUCCGGCUUGAGGAGAAUGUGUGUAAUCACGGGUACUGCCUCUGUGCCCUUGCUGAAUGCUUCCCCUCUGCCUUCUUCCCUGGAUCUCAGGACGUGGGGACUGCGCCUGUAGGUUCCAGCAUGCCUUCCUGCUGUGGCAGCUCCCAAGUGUGCCCUCUCCCCUCUCUCCAAAGAUCAGGUGUCUUUGGCACAGGACUUGGCACCUAGCUCCACACCGAGACACCAAGCUGUGCGGGACCCCGCCUUGUCUCCCACACUUUGGAAGCUGUAGGAGUGUGGGUGCUUUCAUCCCUUUCAACCCUAAAAUGGCCGUUGAAGGUGCCUGGGCUGCAGCCCAGCGGUGGCUAGAGAGGCAGGCAGAGGGCAGUGGUUCUCCCAAAUAGGAGUCCUGGGGCCUGGCCAGGCUGGGGUUUGGGCCUAAUGGCUUUGACUAAAUUACCCCCAUCCUCCUCCUUUCCGGAAAAGGGGGAGCCAGAGCCACUCUCAUUUUGCUCUGACCUUGAAGGGGGCGGUAUUGGCCUGGCUUCUGGAAUGGACAGAGUCCACCAUGGAAAGGGCUGGGGGCAGGAGGAGGUGGGGAGGGGCACUGCCUGCAGAAGGUAGGAUUAGAUCAUUAGCUCAGUGACCUCCUAGGGUUUCGAUGUGCUGUGUUCUCAUCCUACAGCUGGUUUGGUAAUGAUCUGCAAGUCCCGGAGAGCAACAGCACAGCUCUGCCUGACGCUCUCAUUAAAAUCUAUGCAGCCAAGCUCGGCGCUUUGUAGCAGCCGGCCUUGCGAAGCCUCCUCAGCUCGGGGGGCUGGGGACCCAGUCAGCCGAGAGGCCCUCUGGGCUCUACUUAUGCAUAUGUGCACCAAAAAAAAAAAAUUGCUUCCUUAAACCUAGAGCCCUUUAAGAUGAUAAAGGACCCAGUGCAGGUAAUCAUGUGUUCUGGAAUCCUGUAAUUGUAGAAUGCAAAGUUUAGUGAUUAUUUAAACUGGGCUGAAGCUGGUAAGAGUAUUGGCACAAUGGCCCGUAAGGACUCUUAAGAAGCGCUGAAACCAAGGAGCCUCCUCCCUUCCUGGUUUGCCCAGCCCAGGGGACCUGCCCCCAUUCCUGUGGCCCAGGGGCCCAGCUUCCAAUCGGCAGUAUCUGAAGUGACUUGUGGCUUUGCCUUGGUUGUGAGAUGGGUACAUUCCAAAAGGGGGUGGGGGGGUGGGGGGAGGAUCAGUGAGCCCUUGGAGGCUCAGAGCAGCCGCCCAAGCUCUAGCUCCUCCGGUGCAAGCUAGAGCGCCUUCAGAAAUGACCCUGGCCAAUGUCACCGCAGAGCCAAGGCGGUAUUGUCAGGGUUAAUGUGAAAUCUCUUCCCGUGGCGCCGAUCCUCCGACUCUGCAGCGCCAGCUUGGACAGAUUGAGGUCUCUGUGGCUUUGGUGACCCUGCUUAAGCAUUCCCACCGUGUCCCAGCUCUGCUCUAGGACUGCCUCCCGCUGCAGCCCUCACCUGACCUCAGGGCCUGGGGAGGAAGGCAGUGCUCCAAGACCAGGAGGCUCUGCUCAUGAAAGAUGUCAGGCUUCCUGGGGGGCAUCAGGCUUUGAGUUCUGUGGGGGUCUAGCCAACCUGGGACCAGGUGUUGCACAGAGAUGUGCCUCAUUCUGUGCCUCCUGCCACAUUCACUUUUAUAGUGCCUCAGUGAGGGCUAGGGAACAAUUUUUGUUAUUGUAUUAACUUUAUCCAGUUAAUUCACUUGAGAAACUAACCAAUUUUUACAUUCUGUCUAGAAUGAUGUACAUGUAGGAGAGUAAGCCGUAAUGUUCCCAAAGUGCCUUGUCUUCUCUAAUAUAAAUAUAUUUAUAAGGACAUAUUCCAGUGGGUUCUUGGGUGUGUUUGCCACAUCAAGAUUUUAGGGAGUGGGUGUGUAUGUAGUGGGGAUAGAGUCUGAGAACAGGCCCUUUCCCCUGAGGGUGGGAACGGGCUCUUCUGUUGGAGCUGAAGAGAUCUGGGUGGUGGGGUUAGCCAAACCCCUAAACUGACCUUUCCUCUUCUGCCCUUUUCUCAGACCCUUAGAGGACAUCCAGUUUUUUAAAGCCCUGUGGCUCCAAGCCUGGCCUCAUUUGCUCACCUGCCAGGCUCUUGUGUGUAACGUUUGUACCCCCGUGAUGUGAUGUUUCCAUGUAACUGUUUUAUGUAUACACAUGAAUACUCAAAUGCCAACAUUUUAAAUAAUUUGAUAAAGUCUUUGUAGCCAUUCGGUCA